AUGAUGAGCUGUACCCACAAUGCACCGCGAAGGAGUGAGCAUGGCCGACUGUUGCCUUGGAGUGUCAUCCUACGAGAAUGAAUGUGGCUCAAUAUCGGCAGAAUUUUACGAACAGACGAUAAAAUAUAAAAGUGUGCAAAGUUAAUCCGACAGGUGAUGAAUCUUUGAUCCCGCCGCGAAGUGUCGACGAGUCCCUGCGCGUGUUUCCGCCCCUUCCUGUGACAGCUGACCGGAGCCAAGAUGGCGGGAGUUAUAGCCAAGCGUGAGGGACCGCAGUUUAUCAGUGAAGUAUCCGUGAGAGGCAACGCCGCCGUGCUGGACUACUGCCGCACCUCUGUAUCUGCUCUGUCCGGAGCAACAGCCGGGAUCCUUGGCCUGACUGGACUGUACGGCUUCAUAUUUUAUUUCCUCGCCUCGUUCCUCCUCUCUCUGCUGCUCAUUCUGAAGGCCGGGCGGCGGUGGAGCAAGUGCUUUAAAUCACGACGGCUGCUCUUCACCGGGGGCCUCGUCGGGGGCCUUUUCACCUACGUCCUGUUUUGGACUUUCCUCUACGGGAUGGUGCAUGUGUACUAAAACGAUCCAACACAAAUAACCUUGAAUUAAUCCUUCUAAUAAUUUGUAAACCAAUGAUGUUGUCUGCCCUGCUGUUUGUAGAUAGAUAGGCCUUUAGUGAGAAACAUUAUGAUUCUUUUCCAUGAUGAACUGACAUGAAGGUGUGUCAGUAAUUAAGUGAUGCAGAAUGACCUGUCCUUGUUUCCCUUCUGCCCCACACAUCACGGUGAACAUGGACUUGUGUAACCUGUAACUCCUGAUCUGCGAUCAUUUUCAUGCAUACCAGAGCCAUAGUUUAGAGUGUAACAUAGAUCAAAAACAGAUUAAUCACAUUUAAUGUUCAAUACUAUGAUUAAAUUAAAACAAACCUGAUUUCUGAUUGAAAUAAAAAUACCUCUUAACAAC